AUGUCCCGACUUCUCCCAUCGCCGCCGUAUCAAGCAGCCCCGGGGUUUUCGGUUUCGGUUUGCCGAUGCGCUCUUGGGGGCCAGAGUUUGGACUUGAGCAGGAGAAGCGACCAGUUGAGAGAGCUCAGCCCUGCGGGUCGCCGAGCCAUGUCCGGGCGUGGGGUUUCGGAGGGCUGCCGUGGUGAAGACGUCGACGGGUAUUGA